AUUUUGUCAUUCUUUUUAAAGAUAAUCUCUAGGAGAAUGGGUUACACUGGAUACAAAGUAAGAUGUAAUUGAGAUGAAGUUGCUCAUGUUUAAGGGCUUAGUAUCUGUAAUGAUGGAUAGGAAAUCAUUAAUGAAGGGAUAAUAAAUAGGAUUGAUGAAAUAAUAUUGUUUACUACCUUGCACUAUAACCAUGAAGGGAGUUUUCUAUUGCAACUUACACAUAUGAACAGAAAAACAACACAGAGGAGAAGGUAGGGUAUAUAUCUGGCACCCUUCUCUCUAUUAGUGUCUUAUAUAUAACCCACACAUAUUCACAGGAGUGCUAGUUUGUUAUUUUUCCCUUUUUAUUUUUCCAAAGUUCAUUUCCAUGAGGGUUGUUUGCCAACUGUACUUGGUCACCAUUGUCACUAACAGAUUUCUAAUUUUUCCCCAGCUUAUUUUCUGAUAUAACAGUCAUCCAGAUGAUUGAUGAAAUAAGGGUGAAGUCUUAUUGUGUUCCAAUUUGGAAUUAAUCUACCCCAAUUACUAUUGAGCUGUCAAAGAACUUAUGCAGGACAAUGUUAUUAAUAACAAUUAUGAAAGAGUCAAUGCGACACUUAAGGAUCCCUCACCAUAUGCCCUCUGUUAUUUGUCAUUAUAUGAUGCUGCCUGCCAUAUUUGCAAUGACACUAGGCCAUACCAUGUACUGUGGUGCCCGUGAUGGAACUCCCUCUUUUUUUUUUUUUGUCUUUAAGAAACCCUUUUAGAUGCUCCUUCAUGCAUUAAAUAAACAAACCUUAACAAUUUUUUCUUUUUGUUUAUUUCUUCAUUCCAUUUCUUUCUUUUUCUCUGCCUAAUCUUCAUCUCUUCUUCAUUUCUUCAGGUGUUCUUCAUCUCCUUUUCCCCCUUAUUCUCAGUGUCUGUUAUUGUUCUUCAUUUGUUGAAUGUUUUAUGCCCUUGUUUUCUGCUUUUUAUAAUUUUAGAAUCAUGUUAUAUGUUUCUUAUUAGUGGGAUAACAUUGUUUUUUUCAAUAAUAGGUUAAUGUCAAGUCCCCAAACUCAAAUUACUUUGAGAUUUGUUAUAUUUUAUUGAAUUUAGUCUACAAUUAUGUUGUUUCUAGUUUGUUUUUGCUUUCUUUUAGUAUUAUAGAUAUAUGUUAUUCUUUUUUGUCUGCCAUGCCACCACAUGGCACCUCAGUAGUGAAAGGUGGCAUAACUAUUGAUAACCUGACACAGGAUGACAAUUCUGGCAUGGUUGUCCAAUUGGAUAACUUGACUGGGAUGAGGAUGAUUUUAUAAUUGUCUAACACAUUAAAGUUAGUUCUGAACUACAUUCAUCAAAUUCUAAGCUGAGUUCCCGACUGUUGAGUCUCGAGGAACUAUGUAGAUGAGUUUCAACAUAGAGAGAUUCUUAGAGAUCAGAAUAGGAAUGCAGCUGAUCGAGUUUACGGAAUCUUUGAGCGACCAAUAGAAAGUUUAACAGAGAGCUGCACAAUGGGUCAUUUGGGUGUUUCUCACCAAGUCAAGUUCAUUGGUCAGCAUAAGGAAAGUGGAAGUAAACUUUCUUCCAGUAUUCCUACGGUGGAGGAAUCGAAUGAUAAAGAAAAUAUCACCAAAGGUGAACCUAUCUUCAUGCCAAAAUUUAAAAAAAGAAAACGCCUUAGCCUAAAUCGUCUUAGAGAGAUUAAAGCGGAUAUGUGUGCCAGUACAAGGGAAAGUAGCAGCGGCAUGCCUGAAACAAAGAGUGAAAACAGAGAUAGGUGGUCAACAAAGAGGUAUAUGUUGGCUGAGCAAAGCAUGUGGGAGGUCUUAAAAGGUGAAGGUGCAACUUUUGAAAAUCCAAUUUCCCUACCUGCAUUAAGAAUGGCUGUCCGUAAACACAUCGGUGAUACUGGACUAUUAGACCACUUAUUGAAGCACAUUGAUGGUAGAUUGGCACCUGGAGGCACUGAGCGAUUCCGACGACGUUUCAACACCAAGGGAAUCAUGGAGUAUUGGUCCGAGAGUGCUAAUUUGGAUGAAAUCCACCAGGAGACUGGGAUGCAAAACCCUUACCAGAUACAACCAUCUAAAUUAAGGGCAGGAAGUGUUCCUAUGCGGAAGGUUGGUUCUAUUGAUGAACUGAAAAUGCUCAAAAUAGAGAUGGCCCAGAUGAAGAGGGACAUGCAGGAGCUCAUUGCAAGAAAGAAAGUAAAGAGGGAAAGGUGUUUGGUGGAGGAGACACAGAAAAGUUUUGCGAAUUGGAAAGCCAUGACUGAGGAGCGUGUAACUGAGAUUUUGACUUUUUUGAAGGGUGUGCAGGGCAUGAAUGAAGACCUUCUGAUUUGUAAAACUAAAGUUGAGCAACAGCUUAUGGAAAUAGCCAAUAAAUUGAGUGAUGUGCGAACAUUGAGAGAACUCACCACUUCAAAUUAUCUUUCGACAAGCUGGGAGGAUUGGCUAGAAAGCACCAACCUAGACAAUAUUCAUGGAAACGAAUUUUCUCCAUGGUUUGGGAAUCCUGAGCUGCUUGAUGUUCCACAAGAGAUUGUACUUCAAGAGCCGAACUCAGUCCUACCAAUUCAGCUGCAAAGCGUAGAACAGACUAUCAUGAAGAGUGAUUCCCUUAUUUCCCCCACUUUUGAUUACAGCAAUUUGCAAGAUUUGGUGCCAAAGAAGAUUGGUGAAGAUCAACCUAAUGUGAUCCUUGAUUCUUCUAGUGCUGUUAAUUCUAAGUCAGACCUUGACAAAUCGAUGAUAUUGUGUCAGCAGGAAAUGUUCUUGGAAUUAUUUACAUCCAGGGAUAAAAUGGAGCAGCAGUUAUUGGAGAUAUCAAAUACUGUAUAUGGCAUGCUGACAUCGGAAUAGACUUUACAUCAAAUCAAAGUACGAGCCUAAUUUCAGGAUUCUAACUUUUAACCAUUUUCUUUUGUUACUCUCAGAGUGUAGGGUUUAGAUAUUGUACAGCGUUAACGAUCUAAUGGUGAAGUAAAAUCCUUUUCCCAACCACGAAUAGGAGCCUCAUCUGAAUCUCACCCACAGUAAGCUGCAAAUUGUUGAUACUCUCCCCUGACCUUUCACAACAGCCAAUCAGUUUAUUCACGCUUCAAGGUUCAUUAGGUCUUCAUAGGUAGGACUGUUAUUUCAAAUUACAGUUUUUUGGUUUUGUUAAGUAAAUUAAGCUCCUCUUGGUAGCUCUUCUGGUAGGCUUUAGUGGAAUUUUUUUGGCUAAAGUACUCAUGAAAACAUGUACUUAAACCUUAUUUGAGGAUAAGUUGCUAUAUGUAGAAUUUCUGCAGUAUAGUUCAUCUGAUAUAGUGGAUUAUGUGAUUAUAUAA